UGGGAGGAGUCUGCCCGCCUCGGAUUUCCGCACAGGGAGCCGGGCCGCGACCAUGGCGGAGCCCACCGUGUGCUCGUUCCUUACCAAGGUGCUGUGCGCCCACGGCGGCCGCAUGUUCCUGCAGGAUCUGCGCGGCCACGUGGAACUCUCGGAGGCCCGGCUGCGGGACGUGCUGCGCCAGGCCGGGCCCGACCGCUUUCUGCUGCAGGAGGUGGAGGUGCGGGAAGACCCGUGGGACGCCGAGGCCGAGGUGGCGGCCGGCGAGGGCGGCGCGGGCAGCGGCGGCGGCCCCUCGGCCUGGCGGGUUGUGGCUGUGUCCUCCGCGCGCCUCUGCGCUCGCUACCAGCGCGGCGAGUGCCAGGCCUGCGACCAGCUGCACCUCUGCCGCCGCCACAUGAUGGGCAAGUGCCCGAACCGCGACUGCUGGUCUACCUGCACCCUUUCUCAUGAUAUCCACAUACCUGUCAACAUCCAAGUCCUGAAAAACCAGGGACUGUUUGGUCUCAAUGAGGCCCAGCUUCGGAUCCUUCUUUUACAGAAUGACCCCUGCCUUUUACCAGAGGUCUGUUUGCUCUACAACAAAGGUGAAGCCCUGUAUGGUUACUGCAACCUGAAGGAUAAAUGCAACAAGUUUCACGUGUGCAAGUCCUUUGUCAGGGGAGAGUGCAGGCUGCCGAAGUGCAAGCGGUCUCAUCAGCUAAUUCACGCUACAUCCCUGCAGCUGCUGCAGGACCAAGGACUGAAUAUUCCAAGUGUCGUUAAUUUUCAGAUAAUUGCUACCUACAAGCACAUGAAGCUGCACAAGAUGCUUGAAAAUAAAGAUAAUUCAGCUUCUUCUGCUGAGCAUUCCCAGAGCCUUGAGAAACAAGGAGUACCCGUAGCUAGGGCUGCAGAGGCCGGUCCUCUGGUCUCUGGCCCUGCUGAGUCAGCCAAGAAGCCAUGUGCAGGUAAACCUUAGAGGACGUCAGUGAAAUAAGAAGAACGUUGUCCAGUUGGAAGGUCUGAAAACAAAGCUUCUGUUGAGAUUCAAUUUGUAACCAUUCAUUCAUUUAAUCGUUUAUUAAUAAUAGCCAUAAUGAUACCUACCUCACAAGUUGUGGUGAGAAUUAAAGAAGAUGGAAAAGGAGAAAAUGCCAGAUUGGGAGGAUAAAAUUGGGGGUGCGUGGUUGAGGAUGAGGUUAGACAUUGAACAGGCAAAGGGAGAGUAAAACCUGAGAGUAGAUGAGGUCAGUCCUGGGCAAAUCCUGCGGUUCCUGAGAGCUUUCCCCGGGCUGGCUGGCCAGAGCUCUUAAAGAGGCAGGCUCCUGCGGACUUGUUCUGCGACCCAGCCAAGUGCUUUUCUGUACGCCCAUACACAUAGUUUUUACAUUGUGGUAUUCAGGGAGUACAUACACUUUAUGCUCUUUCUUUUUUUUUUUUUUUUUUUUACUUAAUAUUCCAUAAGCAUCUCUCCAUAUUUGUUCACAUUUAUCAUGCGUAAUCAUUUUCAUGCACAGAUACACUAAUAUAUCAUCAUUUGCUUAACUAGUUCCAUUAUUCUGGGAUUUUUUUUUUUUUUUGUACGCGGGCCUCUCACCGCUGUGGCCUCUCCCACUGUGGAGCACAGGCUCCGGACGCGCAGGCUCAGCGGCCAUGGCUCACAGGCCCAGCCACUCCGCAGCAUGUGGGAUCCUCCCGGACCGGGGCACGAACCCACGUCCCCUGCAUCGGCAGGCGGACUCCCAACCACUGCGCCACCAGGGAAGCCCCAUUCUGGGAUAUUUUGAUUCUAACAAAUUUUGAAUAUAACUCUUUUCUUAAAAUCCACACAAUAUUAAAUUUUUACGUUAUUCUUUACUUUUGCUUCACUUACAGUUGCUGAAUGAUACUCUUGAUUUUCAUUUCUUUAAAAAUACAUGCGGGAAUUCCCUGGCGGUCCAGUGGUUAGGACUCUGUGCUUCCAUUGCAGGGGGCAUGGGUUAAAAAAUAUAUAUAUAUAUAUAUAUAUGCAAGUAAAUAUUCUUCCGUAUGUCUUCUUUCUAUAUGUCUUUAUUUUGUGUAGUUUGUACAUGCCCUUUAAUUGCUGGGGCCCUCCUCUGUGCUGAUGUGACUUGGCCUUUAAUCGGCUCCUUAAUUUUCGUAAAAGCAUAUUGACUGUAUAUGAUAUGAUAUCCAACUCUCGUGGAUCCAUCCUCAGCCAACACCGCAGAGUAUAUAACUUACGGGUGCUCACCAGAGAUUUCUACCUCACUCUGUGUACUCUCCAUUUCUUAUUAAACUUUUACCAAAGUCUUAGAUUCCUGUAGUAUGAAGGAUGCAUAGCUCAUACAUUCCUCUAAGUUGUACCCAUUCUUUCUGUGAUCAGGAUGGACCAUCAGAAAUCUAUAUACCUCGCCCAUUCCAUACUGACUUCUCCCUUCCCCCCUUCUCUCUGCCCUUGCCCACCCAGCUGUCUCUUUUUAGUUGUACCUGGUGUUUAUUUCCUUGUUUUCAUCAAGGGGUACCACAGAGAAGCAGCUUUGUGAAAUUCUUUCCUGUGUUUGUUGUAUUAAUAACCACAAAUAUUGGUGUGUAAAGUGGUUUUUUUUUUUUAAUUUAACUGUCUGGCAAUAACAUAACAUUUGAGAAAUAGGGCCAAAGUAGUGAGCUUUUCAUCAAGCUAAAUUUAUUUAAUUUAGAAAAUUUUUAAUCAUGGAAACUUUUCUUUUCCAUUGGGGGAGGUGUGCAAAACUGUCCUUUUUAAAGUGAGAAGGUGCUGUGUUUUCUCCUAAUGGACAGUAAGAGUCACGCAACUUAUGUGAAUCUCUUCAUUUUGAUUGCCAACAGCAGUAUUUCUGAAAGCUCUUAUGUUUUGUGUGUCUUGCUUCUUUUUUCUUAGUUACGAUUUCUCUGGUGCUAAUUAAAAAAUUAUCUUUAUAUUUUAUUAUUAUUAUUUACGUUUUAUUCUUUUACUGUUAUAUUUCUUUUGUAAGCCAUGUUAAAUCCUUAAUGGAA